ACAUAUAGCGGCUCACCGAGUGUCGCAGGUCGCGAUGACUCGCUCUUCUGUAAUCGCUUUUCUUUUCUACUUCUUUGCUGGUUAUUCAGCAAACGUAGGAAAAGAAACUUGGACACAUUGUGCAGAAGAUAAAAGCCAAUCCCUGUACAACUUCACAACAAAGUACCUGAACGGAACGGCCGUUUCGUUGGAGAGGUAUCGCGGUGACGUUAGCCUUGUGCUAAACGUGGCGACAUACUGAGGGUUCACGUUCCAGUACCCUCACCUGAAUGCACUCAUGAAGGAGUUUUCGACCGGCAAGUACAAGUGUGGAUUCUCUGUGUUGGCUUUUCCAUGCAAUCAGUUUAUGUACCAAGAGCCGGGAGCGAAUUCCAAAGAAAUCUUGAACGGGCUGAAAUGCGUCAGACCAGGCAACGGAUUUCAGCCGAAUUUCCCACUCUUUCAGAAAAUCCAAGUCAACGGCAAGAACGAAGAUCAAAUCUACACUUUCUUGAAGUCCCUUUGUCCCCUCCCCGGUGGGGUCGUCAGUCAAGACGCACCGUCGAUCCUGUGGUCCCCCGUCAGGAGUAACGACAUCUCCUGGAACUUCGAGAAGUUCCUAGUGAAUCAUCAAGGAUUUCCUGUCAAGCGUUACUUGCCCAGCACCGAACCUUUUGAUCUGGUGGACGAUAUUGUGAGCCUCAUUGAAGCAUGUUAAAAUGGACAAUGGAAACUGAUCUAGUUUUACUUUCUGCUCUGUUUAUGUAGUCACUUGAAACUAAACGAGGUUUAGUUUUUAAAUACUGUUUAUUUAGUCACAUAAACAGUCGCUCCUUCGAAGUGUGCAACCUUGACUGACGAACACAAUCUGGCGAAAAGACAAACUCUAUGACAGAGGAGGAUAGCGCAGAUUAAAACAACUCCUUACGUUUCCCUCCUGAUGAUAAGCUAUGCUCCUCUACCCAGAUUUCGCUCGCCGCAUCGUUCGAGAUAGCCUGGGCUCGACGACGAUAUGAGUCAUCUCACAACGCCGGGGCCUGGAGAUGGCGAACAUAUUAGGCUUUGAUACUUAAACUGGAAUUGCGGGAUGUUUUCCAUUAUGCCAAAAAUUCCGGUAAUUUCGGUCGUAAAGACCCGUUUCGGUUCGGUCCAACCGGAAUAUUCGGGACCACCUCUGAAGGUGAUCCACUCUGAUCGGUUGGACCGAAUUAAAUUUGUCGUUCUAUUUUUACAAACCCGUUCAGUGCCCUUAUUCUCUCCAGUAGAUUUCACUUAUGUAGGGAAUUCGGGAAAGGAAUUUAAAAAAAAAAUGGUGAGAGCCAUUCCUCUUGGUUGGCCCGGUUUGAUCGGAAAAUGCCGUUCCAUUUUCCUCGGUUAGUCCCGCUGUUCUCUGACCGGUCGCUCUGGCAUAAUGGAAAGCACCCCUGAUUUGUGGAACCCUCGAUUUAUAUGACCUCCCAAUAACUCGUCUAAAAAUCGUUUCCCUUUGAUUUCCCACACCAGUUUUCUUUGUCUUCGGAGGUUCCAAAAAUCGAGAUUUCACCGUAGUUUUGUCCCCUCCUCGGGUUGAAUUCCCGUCCGUCACUGCCCCCCUCCCCCCUUCACCUUCCAUCUCCAUCCAUAUUUGGAUUGUCUCCUUUCUCCGCUAGAACUACCCUUUAGAACUACAUACUACACGGAUCGAAUUCGUGACAGUUCUUUUUAUAUUGUUGAAGGGUCAGCCUUUAGCUUGCUGUGACAGACGUAUUAUCUACAUUGAACAUGUACAAUUGCUCAAUUUUUAUGACAGACUAUUUGUAAACUGUUUACAGUGAAAUGGUCUUGAGUUAGGUUUUUGUCUCUUCAGCGUUUUGUGCAUUCAGCUGGAACGGAUCAAAAAACAUGGCUUUGAGCUUUGUAUGUUGUAAAUGCACGAUACAACUUCUUGUUGCAAUAAACUAGAAAGGGAGUGAA